CGUAACUCUUAAGAUCCAACCAUUGGUAUUACGUUAUUCCAUUAAUUUCUGUCCAUGGAAGUUACGAAAAAAAUUAAAUUAAAUUACAAUACAUUUUAUUAAAAAAAAAGUACAGACACUUGUUUUAAAAAUGUAAAAUAUAUUUAAAUUACUUUAAAUAAUUGAAAAAAUGAUUAGACACAAAAUUAUAUAUUAUCAUAAUUUUAUAUAGGUUUGUACAUUCGAAUUAAAAAGAAUGCGGAAACAACGUGGAAGCUACAUCGUAAAUAAUCUUUAAGUGUUGUAGGAAGAGGAAGACGACGAUUAACAGCUGAUAUAGCUGAUAUUGUAUUAAUGAGCGUUAUGAAUAUAAGGCACUCAGCGACUACUACUGACUGUAAUAUAACAUAGUAAAUUUGACAGAGAAGUUCAACGAAUAAUUCGUUCAAGGUAGAUUGUAUUUUUGUAGGUGAAAUUCGUAAUCUAAUACAUAUGUCGUGGAUAACGAAGUGUAACUUGAACUGGCUGCAACUCCUGACUCUAAGGAUCAUAAAGACCGGAAAUGUUCCCAGGCAUGUGGCGUUUAUCAUGGAUGGUAACAGACGUUACGCGAAUAAACAGAACGUGGCAAAAAAGGAAGUAUAUUCCAAGGGGUAUGCAUCUUUAAAACGAAAGUUUGCAAAUACGCUAGUCUGUAUUUGUGUUAUAUAUUUUAUUUGCGACAGGUUUAAAAAACUUUUUGAAAUGUUGGGUUGGUGCGUGUAUCUUGGAAUUAAAGAGGUCACAGUUUAUGCUUUUAGCAUAGAUAACUUUAAACGUAGCAAAGAGGAAGUUGACGAGCUCAUGAACCUUAAUAGGCAGAAGCUUAACAGUCUCUUACAAAAUAUGGAUUCAUUGAUGGUUGCUGGAGUGUGCAUUCGUGUGAUUGGAAAUUUGUCCUUGAUUCCAGAAGAUAUAAACCGAUUAAUCGCUCAAAUUAUGAUUAAAACUAAGGAUAAUAAUAAAGGAUUUUUAAAUCUUGCUAUCUCUUAUACAUCAAGAGAUGAACUUACCCAUGCAAUUAAAGAUAUAGCAACGGGUGUAAAAAAUACUGAAAUUUUGCCAGAAGAUAUUACUGAAGAUUUGAUUUCUGAUUGUUUGUACCUAUCCUCAAGUCCAGAUUUAUUGAUUCGUACUUCCGGAGAAGUUCGACUUAGUGACUUCCUCAUGUGGCAACUUUCCAAUGCUUGCCUCUACUUUACUGAUACAUUAUGGCCUGAUAUCAGUAUAUGGAAUUUGCUCGGUGCAGUCUUUUAUUAUCAAAAAUGUUAUUCUGACUUGCAAAAACUUAAAAACAAUUCGAAAACAAUAGCGCCUAACAGUAGAACAUCCAAGUACAUUGCUAAGUUCUACUGUGAACGUGAAAUUACGAUCGAAAAUAUGUAUCAAUCAACAGCUUAAUCUUAAAAACAAAUGAAUUUUUUUCUAGUAUCAGUGAAAUAUGCUGAAAAUCUAUUGUAUAUGCCUAGAGUUUUAUUUUAAAUCAACUUUCCCUUGUAGUAGAAUUUUUUCUCAAUUUUAUUCUAUUUUGUGACUUAAUGUUGACCAAUUAAAUUAUUACAAUAAUUAAAUGUUAUUAUGUCUUUAUCAGCAAAAUUAAUGGUAAAUUUACAGACAUUUGAUAUUUAUAUAAUUAUAAAAGAAACUAAUUAUAAAAGAAACUACUUAAUUAACCAAUUAAACAAAGACAAUUAUAUGGAAACUAAUAUCAACGUUUGUACAAGUAUUUGUUCUAUUUUUUAUAAUUUUGUAAACUCAGGGAAAUAAUUACAGAUACUUUCAGUCACGUAAGAUAUUUUAAAAAAUAAAUAAAAAUUAUUAAAGGAUUAAUUGUCUUUUGUUUAAUAUAAACUGAACAUGAUAUUAUAUCUGAAUAUUGAAAUACUUGAACAAUAAAACAAUUACCAAAA